GAGAUUAAGUAGAAAGAGAGAGAAGGGAACUUUGAUUUUUUUUUUUUAAGAGAGAAGAGAGGCUUUGUGCAAUCUCUCUCACUGUGUGUGUUUUUGGUAUAUAAUACGGCGCGAAGUUCUUUUGAGUUCUCGGGAGGAUCGUUCUCAAUGGAGCCAAACGUAGUGGAGAUCGCUUCUCAUCAUGUCGUUGCUUCCAGAACUCUAACGCCUACAAAGGCUGAAGCUCCAGAAGUGAUUGAUGUGGAGCAAUACGAUAUGCAAAACGGUGGUGUUGUUAAUGGCAGCAGCAAUGUGGACAAUAAGAAUAAAGGGAAGGCUAUAGAGUCUGAUUCCCUUUCUUACGAUGAGCAAGAUGAUGCUUAUGAUUAUGAUGCGGGGUCUCCUAGCGAUGCUUGUGAUUACCCUGGAUCGUCUCCAGUAUCAAAUAGUUUGCUUGAUCCGGAUUCUUUGAUUUAUGAAGAUGACUACGACUAUGAUGACCAAUAUACUUAUGAAAUGGAUGAGGAGCCGGAUACUUACUCCAUGUAUCAAGACCUUUUUGAUGGUAAGGAUGUGCCAACUGGUGUCGAGGUGUCCAUGGAUUGGUUUCCAAAUUCAGCUGACCAGGAAUCAGCGAACUCAAGUGGAACCAGCAAAUCAGAUGUUGCCGGUAGCAGCUCCAAGAAGGCAACAACAACAGGAGGUGGAAUCCAGCCUAACGGAGUCGUACCAAACUCUGCUUAUGCAUUGCCACAGAUCACCAAGGCACCAACCUCCAAAACGUAUUUUUCCACUACUUAUCAGCCUCAGCCACAUCCGGUACCAGUAGAUACAUCCGGGUUUAAACCAGUAGAUACAUCCGGGUUUAAACCAGUAGAUACACCCGGGUUUAAAGGCGGUUUUAAAGGUUUUGCUGGUCGCCAGAGAUUGGAUGAGCCUGUUGCACCUCCGGAUUCUUCCAGAGUUAAGAGAAAUAUGGAGGAUUUUCUUGGCCUUUAUUUGUUUUUCAAAAGAUUUGACGUCGUCGAAGAUUUUUCAGACCACCACUAUGUUACUAUGGGAACAACUUCAAAGCAGCAUUCAAAGGAGUGGGCGAGAAGGAUCCAAGACGAGUGGAGAAUUCUUGGGAGUGAUUUGCCAGAGAUGAUAUUUGUCAGAGCUUAUGAAUCUAGGAUGGAUCUUUUAAGGGCUGUGAUUAUCGGAGCCCAAGGAACUCCCUACCAUGAUGGUCUGUACUUUUUUGAUAUCUUCUUCCCGGAUACAUACCCUAAUACGCCACCGAUUGUUCAUUACCAUUCUGGUGGGCUGAGAAUCAACCCGAAUCUGUACAAUUGUGGGAAAGUGUGUCUUAGUCUUCUCGGCACUUGGCAAGGUAAUAACCCGAGGGAGAAAUGGAUCCCCAACACUUCCACAAUGUUGCAGGUUCUUGUCUCGAUCCAAGGUCUAAUUUUAAAUCAAAAACCUUACUUCAACGAGCCUGGCUACGAGAGAAACGCGGGUUCUCCAUCGGGAGAGAAGGCUUCUGAAAGUUACAGCGAAAACACAUUCAUACUGUGUUUAAAAACUAUGGUUUACACCAUGAGGAGACCACCCAAGUACUUUGAAGACUUUGUGUAUGGACAUUUCUUCAGCUGUGCUCACGACUUUCUGAAGGCAUGUAAUGCUUAUAGAAACGGAGCUCGACCGGGGGGAACAACUCUGGUGAAGGGGGCUCAAGGUGUGGAAGAGAGUAGCGCAAGCAGCUCUGAGAAGUUUAGAAAAGAUGUGGCUACCUUUGUGGAGACAGUGCUGUUAAAGGAGUUUAUUCUUCUAGGUGUCCUUGGUCUAGAAGAGGAAGGAGAAGAUAAAGCCCCUGAGACUAACAACGACGUUGCUGAGAGUAGCAACAGUACCAGAUCAAGCUCCAAGAGAAACAGAGUUUCUUCUAGUUGAGCUCGGCUCCUCUCUUCUUCUUUUUUUUUUCCCUUAGUUUCUGGCGACUUAGUUUCUCCCUUUCUUACAGUCAUUGAUUCUCUUUUUUAAUUUUUCUCUUAACUUAAGACUCUUGAGAACUGAGAAGUCACUCUCUCAUAUGUACAGUUGCUUUGAUCAGUUAGAUUUUUUAUCCCCCAAUUUCCUGAGUUAGAAGGUUUGGAUUUUUGACU